CCCGGGAGGGAGGAGCUGCCCGCGCGCCCGCCGCUCGGCUGCACACCCGCUGGAGCAGCCCCGCCACGAGACUCUGACAGCGGCGCGGCCCGCGCGGCUCGGGAGCGCAGGGACGGACGGACAACGGUGGCGAAGGAGGACGCGAGCGCUGCGGCCGGGAGCCAAGUGAGGGAGGCGCGCGGGGUCGGCUGCGCGCUGAGAUCCCCUCUGAAGCAGCCGGGAGCUCGAGUCACCCCAUCCCGGAGGAUUAGGCCAGCCGGAAGUGGAAGAGAGAAUGGCGUGGGGCUUACCCAAAGCUGAGCAGUGAGCCAGGGCUCCUGGGACCUGGGGCUCCGACUGGGAGGCUGUACCACUGGAGUGACUCAAGAGGGAUUGAUGCUCUGGCCCCCAGCGACAUGCACGUGGUGUAAUGACAGGAAAUGAGCAGGUUUGCAGAAAAACUGGUGGCCUGAAAUUGAAGCCUAAGGAGUCGGUGCUUGGCUCUGGCUGAGAACAUGGCCAAUGACAUUGAUGAACUUAUCGGCAUCCCUUUCCCCAACCACAGCAGUGAAGUGCUGUGCAGUCUCAACGAGCAGCGGCAUGCAGGGCUGCUGUGCGACGUGCUGCUGGUGGUUCAGGAGCAGGAGUACCGAACGCACCGCUCGGUGUUGGCUGCAUGCAGCAAGUAUUUCAAGAAGCUCUUCACGGCCGGCAGCCUGGCCAGCCAGCCCUAUGUCUAUGAGAUUGACUUUGUCCAGCCGGAGGCUCUAGCCGCCAUCCUGGAGUUUGCCUACACCUCCACACUCACCAUCACAGCCUCCAACGUCAAGCACAUCCUCAAUGCUGCCAGGAUGCUGGAGAUCCAAUGCAUCGUGAAUGUGUGCCUGGAGAUCAUGGAGCCCGGCGGCAACGGUGGUGAGGAGGACAAGGAGGAGGAGGACGAUGACGAAGAUGACGAUGAUGAGGAGGAUGAAGAGGAGGAGGAAGAGGAAGAAGAGGAGGAGGAGGAGGAUGACACAGAGGACUUUGCUGACCAGGAAAACUUGCCUGACCCCCAGGACAUCAACUGCCCCCAAAGCCCCUCCAAGGCGGACCAUCUCACAGAGAAAGACUAUUCGGACACACCCAGGGACUUCCCCGAUGCCUUCCAGCCUGGCAGCCCUGGCCAUCUGGGAGUGAUACGGGACUUCUCCAUUGAAUCUCUACUGAGGGAGAACUUGUACCCCAAAGCCAACAUCCCUGACAGAAGACCCUCUUUAUCUCCGUUUGCCCCAGAAUUCUUCCCACACCUCUGGCCAGGGGACUUUGGUGCCUUUGCUCAGCUGCCCGAGCAGCCCAUGGACAGUGGGCCACUGGAUCUAGUCAUCAAGAACCGCAAAAUCAAGGAGGAGGAGAAGGAGGAGCUAGGCCCGCCCCCGCCCCCUCCCUUCCCUAGCGAUUUCUUCAAGGACGUGUUUCCUGACCUGCCUGGUGGGCCCCUGGGCCCCAUCAAGGCAGAAAAUGACUACGGUGCCUAUCUCAACUUCCUGAGUGCCACCCACCUGGGGAGCCUCUUCCCACCCUGGCCGCUGGUGGAGGAGCGCAAGCUGAAGCCCAAGGCCUCUCAGCAGUGCCCCAUUUGCCACAAGGUCAUCAUGGGGGCCGGGAAGCUGCCCCGGCACAUGAGGACCCACACCGGGGAGAAGCCGUACAUGUGCAGCAUCUGCGAGGUCCGCUUCACCAGGCAGGACAAGCUGAAGAUCCACAUGCGCAAACACACGGGGGAACGGCCCUACCUGUGCAUUCACUGCAACGCCAAGUUCGUGCACAACUACGACCUCAAGAAUCACAUGCGCAUCCACACGGGCGUGAGGCCCUACCAGUGUGAAUUCUGCUACAAGAGCUUCACGCGUUCCGACCACCUGCACCGCCACAUCAAGCGACAGAGUUGCCGCAUGGCACGGCCCCGGCGCGGCCGUAAGCCCGCCGCCUGGAGGGCCGCCAGCCUGCUCUUCGGGCCAGGUGGUCCCACGCCCGACAAGGCCGCCUUUGUGAUGCCACCCACGCUGGGCGACGUGGGGGGCCACCUGGGUGGUGCAGCAGUGUGCCUCCCGGGCCCCAGCCCUGCCAAGCACUUCCUAGCGGCACCCAAGGGCGCCCUGAGCCUGCAGGAGCUGGAGCGGCAGUUCGAGGAGACGCAGAUGAAGCUGUUUGGACGUGCGCAGCUGGAGGCCGAGAGGAACGCAGGUGGCCUCCUGGCCCUGGCACUGGCGGAGAAUGUGGCCGCCACACGGCCCUACUUCCCACUGCCCGACCCCUGGGCCACAGGCCUGGCCAGCCUGCCUGGGCUCACUGGUCUCAACCACGUGGCCUCCAUGUCUGAAGCCAAUAACUAGGCUGGUCCUGGUCCACACCAGUCCCAGACCCUGUCUCAAGUUCCUCUAAGGCCCGCCCUGCCCCACCCAGGGGAUCUGAACUUUCUAGUUUGCAAACACAAAGGGAAAAUAAGAAAAUACAUUUUAGCUACGUUGCUCUUUGCCUUCUCUGUGAGAGCAGAGCCUCCCUUUUGCUGGAGUCGGAGCUGGACAUCUCUUUCCUAAGGGUUGGGAGACCCUACCUCUCCCUGGCCGACUCUGAUUCACAUAGAAACACACAGGGUGUCUUGUCUCAGAAGUCUCCGCGCUGGUGCGGGGAGCAUUGUGCUCCGGUAUGGGGCUGUGAGGAGGGGAGCUCUCUGCCAGAAGGCAAGCCAGGGGGAUCCAGCAUGAGGACCGUGUCCUGACCAGGCGCCUUGGAUGAGCCAUACUGCCCUAUGGGGGAGUCCCUCCCACCCCUGCUUUCAUCCCAGUCAGGUUUCAGCUUAGAGGUCCCCGAUCCAAUUGAGCAAUGCUUUCCAGCCACUGGGAAAGACCAUCGCACUGGGUAGAAAAGCCUCCUGCAGCUAGAAGCUGGCGUGGAGCAAGCCCAUUUCAAAUUGGCUUGUCCUGUGACCGUGGGCAGGUCAACCCUCUGUGCCUCAGAGUCACCCUGCUGUGAAAGGGGGUGGUCACAUUCCCCUCCCUCUCCUCCAUAUGUAGUCACACCUGUUCCUAGAAACAAUGUCCCCAGACAGGUAGACGUUUAGCACCCCGGGAGUCACCGGGAGACAGUCUAUCUGACAGGACUUGGUUCCAUUGCUCCACGUGGAAAUCAGCACUUCAGGUGAGACCUGGCAAAACUAGAUAGGGACGACAUAGAAAGAUAGGUUCAUGGCUUUCAAUACCCAGAGGCAACUCCAGGAACCCCAAAUUCUGUCCCAUUUACUGGCAGGCCACAGUCAUAUCCGGAUACCCCUGGGCAGAGCAUUUGCCCACCCCCACAUGCCCUCUGGAGUUCAGUCUCCUUGAGUUAACACUCGAGGGAUGGGGCCAGCUCCUAACAGUCAUCACCUACCUGCCUCCCCCAUCCCUGCAAGUGUCGUGGCACCUAGCCAUCCAGGGCUCAUCUGUUUGGUUCAUUGAGGGGGCAGGGGAAGUCUCUAGGCCUGGGGUUUGCUGGUGACAUCCUUCUACUGUGCUUGAGUCGCUGAUCCCCUUCUAUAUUUCACCAAAGGGAAACCUUUGGGUUGUGGUGCCCUCUGGGUAGCAGGUCACAGUCGCCAGGCUCUGGGGUUGGUCGUAGCUAGACAAUUUUGCUGGCCCAUACCAAGAAGGUAUGGCAUUGGUUUCUUGAGAUCCCAGAGAGAAGAAUCUGCCUGCUUGGAAGGCUUAGGCCUGGAGUUCCAGAGCCCUGUGCUGUGGGUACAUGAGACUCAGUUCUUCCUGUAUUGAUCGCCUUGGCUUUAUCCUGUACAAACACAAACAAAAAGGCCAGAGAAGACAGAAGGCUCUGUCCCUCCGGAAGCCCCCAAGAGAGGCCGUGGACUGCCGGCACCACCAGACCACAGUCCAUCGGGUGGAUUUUCCUCAGAUACCUCAUCCUCGUCAGUCACCUGCUGGGGCUGCUGCCUCUCAGAUCCGUGUCGCAGCUCAGACUUGUUUCUGGACCCA